AUGUGCAAGUGUAUCGUAGAGGCUGGACAGCUCAUAGGUCUGCAUUUGCUCAGCAUUACCAACAAAUGGGGCGAGAGGCCUAUCUUCACGGCGGCUCUUCACAACCGUAAACCUGCCUUCGAUGCUGCCGAUGAAGCAUACUCGCACGACACAGAAAAACCAUAUCAGUUUCUUAGAAGAACCGUCGGUGCUGGAGAUACUGUCCUACGCGCUGCCAUUAAGAGAGAGCACUUUGAUUUGGCAUUCCACAUGAUCAAGGUUUACCCAGAUCUUGUCGACAAAUCCGACGUGAAGGGACUCACUCCUCUUCAUGUCCUUGCCAGCAAACCUUCUGCCUUCAGAAGUGGCGUGCGCCUCUAG